AUGCAUUCGCUGCUUGUUUGUGUUUCAGCGCUUUGGUUUUGUCAGCUUUGCGAAGCGGCGAUUGGGAGUCAACUCUGCAAGGAUUGUCGGAUGAAUGUGAUAUAUCCUGAUGGCAACCAGCACUUGUCGGAAAACCGUCAAAUAGUUCGUAUCAUCAACAAAUACAAGCGAAUCAAAAGGCAAGAGUCGGAAUAUCGAGAUGAGAUCGGGUUGCGUAGAUUGCAUUCAAAGGAGUUCAGCUUUAUAGCGAAGGUAAAGGUGGGAAAUUCGGUACGAUGCAGUGCAGCCUUGGUGGCUCCAAGUCUGGCGAUCACAUCCAGUAAUUGCUUUGUAAAUGCCUCCUCUGAGCAGCUGGAAAUUCUCUUCACCGGCGGAGGAAUUAUCGCUGUGGAUAAUGUAGUGAAACCAGAUUUUUGUCCUGAGCUCAGCAUGCUCCACUUGACAAGACCCUCUGGAAUCAAUCCGAUUGCCCUAUGCCAUUAUGACCUACCGUUGGGCACAAAGGUAUCAAUGAUGAUGGCCAGUUCGGAUCUCGUCUAUUACGGCCGUCGGAGAACUGAAAUAAUACCAAAUCCCGUCUGCAAGACAACAUUUUCUCAAGAGGAUUCCAUGUACAUAACACCCAGUAUGAUGUGUGCAAAAAACUCGGCGAAUCCGGAAAAGUGUGCCACUGCUCCGGGUGAUGCCUUACUAAUAGACCAUCAAUUAUGUGGCUUGAACACUUAUGGAUUUCGUUGCUUUCAAAAUGCACUCAAUGGCGACCUCUACAUAAGCCUCAACAAACUGCAGCCCAUGAUCGGCGAUUUAAUCUGGAAACUUAAUGGUUAAAGUGUGGUAUUUAAAUCCGUUUCGG